AUGGCGAUUCUGCCGGAUACCCAUUUCCUGUCUCCGCAGACCGAUUUUGGACGAGUUAUACUACCUUGUCUAAUAUAUUUGAUCGGAGUCGGGCCAAUUGCUAUUGGAACCUUGAUCUUGCUCAACACGGAUCAAGCUCCUCUCAAGCGAAAAGUUAUCGAGGUGGGCUUGAAAAAAGUUAUUUUCUCGGUCAUGAGUCCAAUUAUAGAACCAUUUUUAAAGAAUUAUUAUAGAAAAAAAAAACGAAAAAUCACGAAAAUUGUCAAAACAUUCGAAAAAUUUCAAAGUUCAGUUCCCAGGUAUCUGCUGACCACUUGUAAAAAAAUUUAUGGAUGUUUUUUUCGUGAUACCUGUAAUUUUAAGGAAAAAUGCGAUAUCGCUCGAGGCGAAACCAUUAAAAAAAUGAAAAUUUUUUUCUUUCAAAAACUAGUUCUCAACUGCAAUAUAAAUUCACUUGGUGGAAGUUUUAAAAUUUCUAUAAAGAAAAAAAUUUCAGAAACUUUUGUCCUCUUUUCGAACGAGUUUAAUCAAGUUUCAGUGCUUUUUUGUCACAAAAAUUACAUCUAUUACUCAGUUUUUUUUUCCAGACCCACGGUCCCUGCGUUCCUCGCAACUUGAUGGACCCCUACUUCUACGUCGUCGAGAUCAAAGACCCGAAAGUGGCCGUUUGUGCGGUCCUGAUCAUUUCGCUCUUCGCGAUCUGCGGCUUCUGCUGUCUCGGGCUAGUCAUCGCCUCGGCCAUGCAACUCAGGGGAUACGCCACCAAGUUCUCAGUUCAAACGGCCAAAAUGCAUCGAGCCUUCAUAUUAUCAUUAACCCUGCAGGUAAAUGAUAAUUAUGGGGAUUUUUGUGGGGAAAGUCGAAAAUAGAGCCUUUAAGCAAAUCUUUCAGUCUACUCUUCAAUAACUAUGUUAUUUUGAGGAUAAAAGUCCAAAUUAGAGUCUCCAAAAAACUGCUGAAAAACUGCAAACUGAGCUUUAUAUUAUCGACUUCAAAAGCUCUCCAAGGAAUUUAUAUUAGUGUGAAGUUUGGGAACUUUUCAUAAAAAUGCUCAAAAAAUAGUUUUUCUCCAAAGGCUACCCAAAAAUUACCACUCUUGUCAGAGUGAAACAGCAAUGAAAUCCAAUCUAAAGGUCCUAAUAUUUGAGGCCUCUUCCCACGUCACGAUCAACGGCUUUCCAAUGGUGACCACCGUACUUUUCUACCUUAUGGGAUCUUUGACAAACGGUUUUCAUUCUUCGAAGACGAUUAUAAUCUUCUAUUUUACAGAACUCCUACAUUGCUGCAUCGUGGUCAACUCUUUUCACGGGGUCAUUUCGACCAUGAGCAUGAUCGCCUUGAAUGGACCCUACAGAAACGCCGCCAAGGAACUUCUUUACAAGAGUAGGCUACUUAUAUCAACAGUUAGAUGAUAUUCCUCACGAGAGAUUUUGAAUCUCGAUGGGUUCAAAAUAUAAUUUCAAGAAGUUCAAUGAUUUCUUGUCACUUGUUCAUACGGCUCCUUUUUUCGGUAUUUUUUUUCUAAAAAAUGAGAUAUCCAUUCCAUUCAAUAAAUAUUCGAGAAAAUUGAAAUCUCAAUGAAGAUGUUUUUUUUCCAGUCUUCCAUCCUGGACGAAGGCCACCACCGCUCUUCAUUCCAAAAGGACCAAUGACUCGGACCGCCUGGCUCAGCUAG